UCUAAAAAAUAAUAUUUUUCAGAAGUUCAGUCAAAAUAAGCUUGACAUUCACUGAGUUUAUUUUUAGCCACAUGGCAAUAAAAGUUAUUUUUGGAUGUUCUAGAAAUACCCUCAGCCGCCAUGGGGUAACUUCACAGCUGGCCCUUUGUGAACUCAGACAGCACAAAGACAAAACAGGGUCAAUUUGGUCUCCCAAAAAGUGAAUAGGUCCAUGCUAUAUAUAGUUUUAUGAUGUGUUAUGGACUAAAAUAAGAUAAGGGUCCAGUUCUUGACAGUUAGUUUUUGAGAGCUGACAGAGAACAAUAGUCCUCAGAGCGCUGUGCCUAAGAUGAGCCCUGGAGUUAUUGAGAAACCACACACAACAAGCAGCAUUUGUUUUCGAGCCCCCUGAAGCAGACGUGGGAAAGGGUUAGGGUGGCAGCUUGAGGAGAGGCUAUGUCACACAAACAGAAUAGGGCGGUCCUCUUGAAUUGGUGAUAUAGGCAAAAUGCAGGCAUCCCACUGUGAUCAAACCAACCAGAUCAGUAUUCUGAUGGCUCUCUGUUUGAGGUGAUUAUCACACUAGGCCAUAAAAGGGCAAGCCAGCCUCCCUGUUAAUUAGGUCUUUUACUACACCCAGUUGGUUUAUAAAGAGUCCUGGACAGGAGGGGACAGUCACAACAUAGCUGCACAGCAGAUAACGUUAUCCUGGGAUCCUACUAGAGUUCCUUGACAGAGCUUCAGAAGACAAGCGGGUUCUGAGAAUGCCACAUUUAUCUGAUUGUAGCUACUACAUGAUGCGAGACGGAGCCCAAGUUGCCAGUGUUCAGAACCACCUGGAGAACUCCAAGUACCAUCUCCACCAAGCCCAAGCCCAGCAGGUCAAACAGUACCUGACUCUAGGAACCAAGCUUGCUGGCCAGGCCCAUCCACACCCGGGCCAGGCCCUGGGCACGAUGCCUAUCAUGCGCAACGGCCAUAUGACACCUGUAAGCGACAACAGCACUCCGGGCAGCCCCGUCACCCUGUUCACCCUUGCCAACAGCCAUGACACUGAGUUUCCAGUGGAUGAUAUUGAUGAUCUUAUUGGCUUUGAAUCGGGGUUUAAUGAUGGGAGCCUGGAGUGUAUGGAGCCUAGCAUCAUAAUGCAAAAUAACGUGGCCCUGAACAGUAGUAUGCUGGAAGUCUAUGGCAGUGACCAAGGUAUGACUGCCUCUCAUGGUGGACUGACACCCCCCUCAUGCCCCCCAAAGCUCUCUGUUAAAAUGGAAGUCACAGAACAAGACACCAGAGUCUUAGCAAAAGAGAGACAAAAGAAAGACAAUCACAAUCUGAUCGAAAGAAGGCGGAGAUACAACAUCAACUACAGAAUUAAAGAGCUUGGAACUCUGAUACCAAAGUCCAAUGACCCUGAUAUGCGCUGGAACAAAGGGACCAUCCUCAAGGCCUCAGUGGAGUACAUUAAGUGGCUGCAGAAAGAGCAGCAACAUGCGCGAGAGCUGGAGAGCCGCCAGAAGAAGCUGGAGCAGGCUAACAGGAGACUGCUGCUCAGGAUUCAGGAGUUGGAGAUCCAGGCUCGUGCUCAUGGUCUGCCCUGUAACCUAGGAGCAGCAGAGCUCUCAUCAAACCUUGUCAAACAGCAGCAGCAGCAGGCACUACCAGCUCCUGCGGUUACUCCUGGAGUGCAGACUUUCUACACACAGGAUGAGAUCAACGGCCCCGAGUACCUGCAGAGGAACUCCCUGUCUGUGGGCCAUGCUGGAAAUGAAGGUAACAGCAGCUCUUCUGGUGAACACGGAGACGCCUCCUUGACAACCUUCUCAGACCCGCUGUCGCACUUCACAGACUUCUUCAGUGCCACUCUGAAGGAGGAGCAGAGGCUGGACGAGCUGCUCAUGGAGGAGGCGCUGUCUCCGUUCGGGACUGACCCACUGCUUUCAGCCACUUCGCCCAAUGCCUCUAAGGGGAGCAGCCGCAGGAGCAGCUUUAGCACGGAUGACAACGAUGAGCUUUGACCACAGUUUUCCUACAUGUCUGGACCUGCUGAAUAUGACUGAAACCUUUAUGGUGAAACCUCCAACUUUUUCACUAGACAAAGAGACAUAUCUUCUAUGUGUCCUGGAAAGUCAGAAACAACAAAAAGGAGAGAUGAUUUAACAUAAUGGCAUUGUUCAUAAGGACCUCUUAAGGAAAAAGUAAAGAGAAGAUGGAGAAGAGGAGUUUUAUUCCCCUCCUCUGUCAUGCCUUAUCUAAAACAGGGUUAGCUUUAUAAACAUAUAUAUGAGAAGAUGUUGUAAAGGUAAUUUAAUAGCAAUAAAACUAACCUGCCUUUUUGUUUCUAAAGUAUUUUAAAGGAAAAAAUAUCUCACUGUGUAUUUAUAUAUCCUAAUCCCUGUAUUUUUGGAAAAAAAAUUUCUUAAACAAUCUAACAAGGUUCUUUUUUAUAUCUUUGGGGUGGGAAAAAUACAUUAAACCCCUUUUUGAUAAA